AGUAAAGCCUCUGAAAUCACUUAAUAGAUUAGAAAUUAUUUAAUAACUAUUUUAUUUAUCUUCAGAUGAUAUUAGUGUUUGUGUGAGAUUUCAAUUUAAUGAAUUUCUAUUUAGCUCAGUGGUAUAUUUAGACUUUGAUUUGAACCAUAUAGAAACUUACUUAAUGAUUUUCUAAUAUAUUCCAGAGAAAAGGUACUUUUACCCUUCUGUGCUUCAACCCAAAGGAACAUGCCCAGGCUGUAUGGAAGGACUACGGAUAUGAUCAGGAGAUAUUUGAUUAUUUUCAAAGUCAAAGGAAAGGACUAAAGAAAUACAGACAUGCAUUAUUUUACCAGUGGAGACUGAAAUGUCAUCAGCAAAAACUCAUCUCUCUCAGUUGUUGUUUUGAUUUAUCCAUGCUCCACGAGUGCCUAAUUUUUCAACACCCUCGUGACAUCCCAGAGCUCAUGCCAGAUGGAAUCUGCCCAAAACAGCUUGUUGCUCCAGGAUUGUUCAAAAGCAGUGACAAGAUUCGUGGGGUAGAACUAUUGCAUUUUACAUAUUUGGAAGGGAAUGAACUUUGUGCUAUAAAGGUCACAGGAAAUGGAUAUACUCCUGCACAGACGGCAUCAUUUGUAGCCCAACUGGACUUUUUCACAACAAAUAUACAGGAACCACAUAAAUUUGAGGACCUGAUUGAUUCAGACUUGAAAAGGGUCGAACGUGUGUGCCCAAUUUCAGACAUCCCUUCACAGGCGUUCACUCUACCACAAGACUGCCUAGAAGAUGCUCCAUCAGACAUGUGUUAUGCAAGGUAUCUUGGACAUGGCUUGGACAGAUACUCAUUGACACCAGCUAUAACUUUUGCCCAUGUUAUGGUGUUUGAUGAAGACACUGUAGGUGUGUUGUGGAUAGAACAGCAGUGUUUCACUCUUUGCAAACGUGUGCAUCAGACCUUCAACCAACACCAUCUUUAGGGUAUCCAGAGUCAGAGUUUGUGUAACCUCUUGCAGGGAUAUUUUCAUUUGCAUAGAUAGAGGAGAGGUUUACAUUGGCCAUAAAACUGUGAUGUGAGAAAGUUGUAAAAUGAAUCUAGAAAAUACAAAAAGAUUGGGCCAUCUAGUGUUAAAUAUGAAAUAAUAUAAAAACAAAGCUAGAAAAGUUGUUUGUUUUUAUUACCAUCACCAACAUUAUUGUUUUCUUUUAUCAUCAUCAGGUAUAUAUAGUUUUUUUUAUCAUUUAGUAAAGAGUACCUACAUUGUACCAGUAUCUCUGCCCAUCCAUAUCUGUUCCAUUGUGCACAAACCAGUUAUAAUUUCCCAAAUACCAGGUUCAAUGGCUAUGAAUUGAUUGGACACCCAGUUUGUAAUAAUGAAAGUGUGUGCUUAUUCUAUCCGUAAAUCUCAUGAAAUUUUGUACUAGUGAUUGAAGGGAACCUUGAUGAAACCUUUUGCAGGAAUGUUUCCAUUUGCAUAGAUAGAGGAGAUGUUACAUUGCCUACAACCCUUAUAUUGAAAAUUAGUGCAGAUAAAACUAUAAAGUGAGAAAAUUGUAAAAUGAUUCUAGAAAAUACAGAUAGGGCUAUCUAGUCAUAAAUAUAAGGCUAAAAUAGCUUGAAAGUUGCUUGUUUUCUUACCAUCACCAACAUUAUGGUUUUCUUGUAUCAUCAUCAAGUAUACAUCCUUUUUUAUCUUAAUAAAAAGUACCUAUAUUGUA